UACUGCGCAGCCAUGGCGGCGGCGGGUCCCCUGAAGGAGCUCUGCGAGGAGGCCUCUUGCUCCGUCUGCCUGGACUAUUUCCAGGACCCGGUGACCAUCGCCGAGUGCGGCCACAACUUCUGCCGGGCCUGCCUGAAUCGCAGCUGGGGGGAGCCGGGGGCCUCGUCCGAGCCUUCCUGCCCCCAGUGCAGGGGAAGAGCUCAGCCCAAGAACCUCCGCCCCAACCUGCAGCUGGCCAACUUUGUGGAAAUAAUCAAAAGAUUCGCUCUGCAGGAGGGGAAAGAGGCCGGUGGGAAGGAGGGAGUCUGCGAGAAGAAGCACGGGGAGCCCCUGGAGCUCCUCUGCGCGGUCUGCGGCAGGUCCCAGGAGCCCAGAGAUCCUCUGCAGGAGGCGGCCCGGGCCCAAGAGAAGGAGGUCGUCGGGACAGCCGGAAAAGGGGGAGUUUGCCAGAAGCACCAGGAGCCGCUGAAACUCUUCUGCAAGGACGAUCAAGCUCUCAUCUGUGUGGUCUGCGACCGAUCCAAGGAGCACAGAAAUCAUGAAACCCUUCCUCUUGAGGAGGCCUCCCAGGAGUACAAGGAUCAGUUCUGCACCUGUCUGGAGAUUCUGAAGAAGGAGAGAGAGAGGAUUUUGGCGUAUAAAGGAGACGUGGAGAAGGAAAGCCAAGACCUGCUCAAGCAAACCAAAGGAGAGAAGGAAGAGACAGUAGCAAAGUUCAGGCAACUGCAUGAAUUUCUGGAGGAACAAGAGAAACUUUUGCUGGCCCAGAUGGAAGAGGUGGAGAAGGAGGUGGCAAGAAACAGGGACCAGCGUGUGGCCAGACUCUCUGAGGCGCUCUCCUCUCUGGAAAGCCUCAUCCAGGAGAUGGAGGAGAAGUGUCAGCAGUCGGCCAGAGAUCUCCUGCAGGAUGCCAGAAGCACCUUGCAGAGGUAUGAAAAAAGGGAGUCGUGUGAGAAUCCAGCGGCUUUUCCUCUUGCAGUGAAGUGGCGUAUCUGGGACUUCUCGGAUUUAAAUCUCCUUUUGGAGGGCAUCAAGAAGCAACUCAAAGACGCUCUGGAUUCUGGACUUCACUUGCAGAAAGUAAACGUGACUCUGGAUCCAGACACGGCCCAUCCGCGACUCAUCCUGUCUGAGGGUCAGAAAAGCGUGAGAGAAGGAGAAAAAGACCAGGCUCUGCCUAACAAUCCUGAGAGAUUUGAGCAGUACUUUAUUGUGCUGGGCCGUAAGGGAUUCAUAGCAGGCCGCCAUUUCUGGGAAGUCCUUGUGGGAAGAGAGGAAAAAUGGCUUGUGGGGGUGGCCAGAAAGUCUGUGAGGAGGAAGGGACGCAUCACCUUUAGCCCUGAGGAAGGGUUCUGGACUGUGGGGAAGUGGUCAGGGACGUACAGGGCUUCCAUAAAAGAUCAUUACCCUCCUCUGACCCUGAGUGGUGAGCCGAAGAGGAUCCGAGUGUGCCUGAACUACGCUGGGGGGCGAGUGGCCUUUUUUGACGCUGACCAAGCAGCCAUGAUCUACGAGUUCUCUGGAGCCUCCUUCCCUGGAGAGACCCUCCUGCCCUUCUUUUACGUGUAUGGAAAAGGCCACCUCAAAAUCUCUUCUUAGGACCUUUUCUUCACGCCAGGACCAUCAAUAAGAAAAUAUUAUUUCUCAAGAGCCUCAGGUUUUUUUUAGUCCUGUAAAGGCCUCUCCUGUCUCCAGCCAUCAAAACUGACGAGUAAAAUUGAGACAUUUUUUUCCUCCACUGCCCAACAUUCCUCCCCACCCCUUUGUAUCUUAUUUCUGAAAGCGACAGUAACACUUUUCACAUUGUAAAGAAUAGCAGGCUUGUUCUAAAGGUGAGCUCCAAACAAGACCCUCUCCAACCACUAUUCUCUUCAAGCACUAGAGGAACCACUGCAGGCCCUACAGAGGAAGAAGAGGCCCUGAAUCUUCCCAUUACUAUUUGGGGCAUCCUCUUUUUUUUACUGGGCACCAUCUGUUAGGAUUUGCCUGUGUUCAGCCAGCCCUUUCUGACCGGCACUGAAGAUGCUGUCCCUGUCAAGGUUGCUGUGUUCAUAGCACUUGUGUUUCAGUUAU